AACAUUACCUUAUUCCUUUUAUUGUACUGAUAUUUCAAAAGCACCUGUAUAUACACUAGAAAAGAUAGUGUGCUUUGGCUGACAAACCUUAAUGCCCCUGCUGGUAGUUUUCUAGUUCAGUGGUAAACCUCAAAGUGAUGACACUGUAAUAAGGUGCUUUUUACGGCUCUAGGAUGUAAUAACUCGCCUUUAUUUUCAGUUUAAUAUUCUCUAAAUAGAUGAGACAGAACAGGAAAGUAGUUCCCCACACACUUCAGAAUAAAAUAAAUGAUUAAAUUUUGUGUUGGUUCAUAUAAUUCUGUACUGAGCCUGUCACGUCCAUAUGCAUCAGCUUACAUAAUGCAUCUGCCUCAUGUAUUGAGCUCGCCAGAUGCCUCCCAGAGAUGGGGUUGAGGACACUCUUAUCUCUGAGCUCCAGAGGGGCUUCCCCAGGGUCAUGUGAUCUUGACUUCAUUUUGUCAGUGGUGGUUUUGCGCUCUUCCUGUGCUGUGGUUCAGAGACGUGCACUUUCAGAAGGCUCAGUGGUUGAAAAUAUUUGUGAAAAAUACCUGUCAAUAUUCAAAGCUUUUAAGGUGACCUAACAGGUCAUCAACUCAGCCGAAGACCGAGCGCAUUUGUCGUGUUGAGCUCAUUGGAAACAGCUCUCUUAGAUAUGAGCAGGAGUGUAGAGAGUCAUUUCUCUGCUGGCUUGGAACAGAAAGGAUGCUUUCUGGGCCAGCAUUAGUCAUCCUCCUCCUGCUGGCUCCAUCCACAGGGCAGCCUGUCCCGAGCCCCUGCCGCUGCUCCGCCCUCCAGCCGGAGGGACUGCGCGUUAGCUGUGGCUCUCAGGACCUCGCCGAGCUGCCCCAGCUCCCGCCGGGGACCGCCGAGCUCUACCUGCAGGACAACUGGCUGACCGGCGUGCCCCCGGGGAGCUUCGACGCCCUGCGGGGCCUGCGGAGACUCAACCUGACGGGCAACCCCUUCCACUGCGGCUGCGCCAUCUGGUACCUGUCCGCCUGGCUGCGGGAUCACGCCGACGUGACCGUAGGGACCCCUACCUGCGCCUCGCCCGUCGGCCUGGCGCACAGACCCAUCGCCGGUCUGGACCAGGCCCACUUCUCCGCCUGCGGCAAGAAACGGGCGGCUAGCGGCGCCUUGGACGUCGUCACAGUGCUGGUGCUCGCCGCUCUCGUCCUCCUGUUGCUGUGGUGCCUGAAGACCGCCCGGAGAUCCACCUUCAUUGUAGAGGUUUUCGCCAGACACUCUGGGUUCGAGGCCCACACUCUGCGGUCUCUCAAACCCAAACACAAGAGGCACAAGAGGCAAUCGGUGCCGUCGGAGGACAGGGAGCUGAUGCUAGAGCACAUGGAUGACAGCAACAUAGAAGCACCUUUGAUUAACAUGGAAAUCCUUCCUCAGAUACUGGACGUUUUGCAGAAGAAGCACAACAUGAGGUUUAAGGCACCAUGAGGAGGAAGACAGAACAGUGCACACCAUUUAAGAGAGUGUUCCUCACCAGGAAUAAGACUAUAUGGUAAAUGGACUGCAUUUGUAUAGGGCUUUUGUCCAAAGCUCUUUACAAUUGAUGCCUCUCAUUCACCCAUUGACACAUACACUCGCACACCAACGGUGAAAGGCUGCCAUGCAAGGUACCAAUCAGCUAGUUGGGAGCAAUUAGGGGUUAGGUGUCUUGCUCAGGGAUACUUUGACACACCCAGGGCGGGGGAUCGAACCGGGGAUCGAACCGGCAACCCUCCGUCUGCCACUCUUACCUCCUGAGCUAUGUUGCCCCUGUAUUCUAUAAAAUACAAUUUUACAAUGUUAUAAGUGACAGUUCACCACAACAGGAAGAUUUCACCAAACGAUUAAAACUCUUCUGAACUAGACAAAUAUGAAUUGUAACUAACUGAAUUAACUUUCAUAUCAAUUGGACAUAUGAAAAGGAUGAUCCAGAUGAGGGCAGACUUUUUCCCCUCUGUGGCAGAAGCACAAAAUGCACAGAAUGAAGUAAUAAGUGUCUAAGUGUCUUUACUGUCCACAAUGGAGAGUUGUCUGUUACAUAGAUAGUUUAAGUGCUAAUAGGAACAUUUCCACAGCCAUGUCAGUGCUGGGCAAGCUAUUACAUGUCAAUGUUUGUCUUCCCAAAACCACUUUCAGCCUUUGGUUGUGCCUUCUUAGCCCGUAAAACCUGCGUAUUUGAUGCUUUUAAUCCCCUUUGUCCUUAUUGGGCCAGUCAGAGAAAAGGGCUGUGGUCAUGGUCAGUUAUGCAGAAGUAUCAGCAUGUUCAUGAUCAGUAAAAAAAAAACAAUACUGGAGCACAAGACAUUAAAUACAGUACUAAUUCACUCAUUCUCUGAAACAUGACAAGAGAAUAAGAUGCCAUAAACUAAUAGAAUGUUGUAUUUUAAAGAAUCUGGAAACCAUAACCCAAAUGUAGUAGUUCUAGUAGUAAUGUACAACAUCAAACUUAACAUUGAUCAUUUAUAGAUGCUUUAUUUUGUGUUCAUUUUUACAGCCCUGUCUUGAUUUAGUCUUAGUGCUUAACUGCAUCUCUAUGUAUAACAGGGGUCUCAGACUGCACACCUGGAGGGCCACAGUCUGCUGGUUUUUAGUGCGUUUUAGCACUUAAGUGCUUAAAUCGAGUCUCUGGGUCCACACACCUUGUUUAUAACACCCAAAAUGGCUGCAGAUUGAAAGGAAACCAUAAAAAACUGGCAAAUGGUGCAUCCCUCCAGGACUGGAAUUUGAGAUCACUGCUGUGUACUCUUGUGUAACCUCAAAAUGAGUAUUUCCCAUUUAUUAUGCAGUAAUAAAUAAUUUGGAACUAUUUCAA